UUAAACUGUGAAGUCCUGUCCUCAUUUUCAAACUGUUUUUGGGUGCUUGACUUUGCAGCUUGCUGAACUCUGCCAUUUGGUUUGAGUGAGGCAUGUGGAAGUGCAUCCACAGAUAUGUUUUUGGUGAGAAAAAAUUAGUAUUAGAGAGGGGGGACGCAAGGGAAAAGCUGUCUGCACAACUUUUUUCUCUCCUUUUCAUCCAUUAUCUCUUUAUCUGCCUGAAUAAACUGUAUUGGCUGAUUUGGGAUUCCGAUGACAUAGUAUCUACUGUCCCUUCUCUGGGGGUAGAUGGAAGGAAGUAGGUUAGAAAUUAACUAUCAGCUACUAAUCUCAGGUCAGGUAAACCAGUCAUACACUGCAAUGGAAAGGAUGGUGGUGGUUGAACUUCAUGAAUAAAAGGAGACAGACCACAACUGGCUUUGAGACACAGACAGAGUGGAAGAGUUCUCAGAGAAGGAGAAGUUGUGCUCUGUCACCGUGUGUGCCUGCCUAAAGCACUUGAGAGUUUGCCAUGGCUUUUUCCAGCUAUGCUGCAGUGUUCAGAUCACUUCUUUUGGUGCUGGUUCUAGCACUCACCGUAAGGACCUCACCGCAUGGGAGGGUAGUUCAUCCUCGACUCAGCAAGGAUGGUGUCUCUGUGAGGCUUCGUGAAGCUUGCCUGAACCAAAAGGAUCUCAAAUUCCCUACAACGGUGAAAGUUGAUGUUCGUAUCAGCAAUUUAGAUCAUGCCUUUACGAUGGUCCAUGAUGUCAGGAACCGGUCUCUUGCCCCUUGGGAUUACAGGCUCGACGAGGACCCCAACCGCUUCCCCCAGUUGAUCGCUAACGCCGAGUGCCGCUUCUCCGGCUGCGUGGACCCACUGGGGCAGGAGGACCACAGCCUCAACUCCAUCCCCAUCCAACAGGAGAUCCUCGUCCUCCGACGGGAGAAGCAGGGCUGCCUGACAACCUACCGACUGGAGAAGAAAGUCAUCACCGUGGGCUGCACGUGUGCCGUUCCAGUCGUCUACCACCAGUCUUAGGAGGGAUUAGUAGGAGAGACAACAUUGGGAAGAAGAAAUGACCCCUACCAACAUUCCUUUGGAGAAAUCCCACAGUCGCCCACUUUGCAUUUCAGGAAUUCAACGUGAUAUUUCUUUUCCAAAUCUGAGCAAAUUACCUCCUGAAAGUCCUGAUUCUUGCUGUUGUUCAUUUAUGGAUUUUAGAAUGGGAAUCACCAGUAGCUGGUGAUGGAGGGGAGAGAGGAGGUUGGAGGAAAAGUUUUGUUAGUGAGUCCAAGCAGAGA